CAUCAUCGGAGCGUCCAAGUCCAAUCACAACCGUCCAUUAGAAACUUCAGAAUCUCCACCGAGAGCCGCAAUCCAGUGGGAAACCCUAGCUUCCCAGUUGAAUCAAAAUUAAAAAACACGCCCACCUCUUUAGCUUUGACAGUCGCGAGUCCUCAGAAAUUAGGGUUAGGGCUUCAGAUUUGGGAAGAAGAACAUGGGCAAGAGGGAGAGGCAAAAGGCCAAGCUUGAUCGGGACGAAGUGAGCGAAGAAGAACGAGAAUUAACUAAUCAAAACCCUUCGAAAUCUGCUGCCGAACAGAGCAGCAGCGACGACGAUGAGGCCAACGAAGAUAUCAGCCUCAAAAUCGUCGAGAAAGCUUUGUUAAUGCGCGCGGCGAAGUUGGCAUCCGAUAACAACGCCGCCGUGUCGGGCGAGCCGAGUGGCGGUUUGGUUGAACUCCCAUCUUCGUCUUCUUCGCAGGAAGCUGAAGUUGCGGCUGCAGGUUUGGAGACUAAGAAGGUAAGGAGGAAGCAGAGGAAGAAGAAUAUUAAGAAGAUGAAGAUUGAAGAUCAAGCUGUUGUUGCAAAAGAGGAAGAGAAGAUAGAGGAAGCUAAUGCUGUAGAUUUGGCUGAGGCUAAGCAACUGGAAAAUGUUGAGUUUACCGACAAUGUUGUGCUGCGGAAACUUCUUCGGGGACCAAGGUAUUUUGAUCCUCCAGAUUGUAGCUGGGGAGCAUGCUUUAACUGUGGCGAAGAAGGUCAUGCGGCAGUGAAUUGUACCGUAGCUAAGCGAAAGAAGCCGUGCUUUGUUUGUGGCAGUUUGGAGCACAAUGCAAAACACUGCAGAAAGGGACAAGAUUGCUUUAUCUGCAAAAAAGGUGGACACCAUGCUAAAGACUGUCCAGAAAAGCAGAAUGGUGGCUUAUUGAAAUCCCAAAUAUGUCUAAAAUGUGGAGAUUCUGGACAUGAUAUGUUCUCAUGCAGGAAUGAUUAUUCAACUGAUGAUCUUAAGGAAAUCCAAUGCUAUGUCUGCAAGAGAUUUGGCCAUUUAUGUUGUGUCAAGUAUGUUGACACUAGUCCAUGGGAAGUUUCCUGUUACAAAUGUGGUUCAAUGGGGCAUACUGGUAUGGCAUGUGUAAGCUUACGUGGUGGGGAAACCACUGGUUUUGGAACGCCUCGGUUAUGCUACAAGUGUGGUGAAGGUGGUCAUAUUGCUCGUGAAUGCGCAAGUUUGGUCAAUGUAACUCUCAGUGUUCACAAAAAAAUUGGGGAAUUACCUAAUUUUUCUACUCCAGUUUUGAAACGUCAUAAGGAAAGGAGAGACCACAUGGGAUUCAAGUCUGCUCCUCAUGACCUAAAUAAGGCCCAUGAAAGGAAACAGACCCAAUUUGAAGAAAGAGUUUUUACAACACCACAAAAGGCAAAACAUAGAGGUGGUUGGAUAAUGGAUGAUCCAGGGGACUUCUCCCCUAGAAAAGGCAAAAAGAACAAUUGGAAGUCUCCGGCAACACCAUCUAGUUGGGGUCGUAGGGUUCCUAGUUUGACUGCAGGUGGUCAUGCUUCAAGUUCUGGAUCCUCUAAAAAGAUUUGGAAUGACUCCGGAAGCCCAAUCUCACAAGGGUCGUCAAAGGCUUUUCAGCACAGAUAUUCUGCAUCGAGGUUUAACAACUCUAAUGGUGGUGGAUUUAGAAGAAAUUAUGAUUGGUCAGGCAAUGAAUAUAAUGGGCUUUACUAAACCCAAUGGAAGGAAGCGGCCACAAAAGGGUUCGAAGUUCCAUUUGUGAGUCCAUAAGCCCUUUCCUGUUGUUGUAAGUAUUUUCUUUUUCCUUUCCAGUGAUAAUGAUUAUUCUUCAUUUCCCUAGAUGUUGAGAAGUAUUGUAUGCUUUGGUCAAAUUAAAUUUUUUUUUUUAAUGCUCUUUAAAAAAUUUCAAGUUUUUUUUAAUGCUAUUUAAAAUGUAGUGACCACAUACCUCUUUAUACAAGUUUCUUUAUUUUUCAUAGUUUAUUUUAUCAAGAAACCUUUUGUAUUCUUUUAGUCCUUAAUUUUUUUCUGAUAUGUUAAUUAUGCUACCCUGUUACCAGUUUAUUCCUGAAAUUGUCACACUAGGUUUAUGGUUAGGGAGAGUGUGUGGGCAAGGAUGUGAGAAUGUGUUGUGUUAACAUAGAUAGACGGAAAAUGUCAAAAUAUAAACAGAAGGAUGUGCUAUAGCAGUCUAUGAUGUGAUGUUUUAUAUAGAUGGACUAAUGCAAGUUUAUUUCGUUUUACUGGAUGCUUGCACAGAACCACAAUGGUAGAUGAAAAGUAAAACUGGAUGAUCACAUAAUGUGACAAGAAUCCGUGGAACUGGAAAAUUCUUUUGCUAAACAUUAGUUUUUGUCAAAAGUAAGUUCUGUUGGUUUUGAAUGAAAUGCAUUAGACCCUUUCUGUGA